AGAGAGCACACCCCCCUCCACUGACUCCUCAUGCUGACAGACACUUCGUCCCAAACAUCUCCUCGCCUCUGUGGAUCCUAAACCUCUGCUGCUGCUGCUGCUGCGCGCUGACAGGAUGGAUUUUUUGGACCGUGGUUACCUGGAAGCGCGCUCUCCCUAUGAUUACACCUUUAACUUCUGGAACGACUACCUCGGCCUGUCCACUCUGGUGGCCAAAAACAAAAUCCACAGCCCGUCCUGCAGCCCCAACUCCAUCACAGAGUCUCUCAAAGCGACGCUGGGCUUGGAGGAUGACGCCUCGGAUUGCUCGUGCGUAAUUGGACACGGGGACGGACACUUGGAGUGCUGCUGCGCGGCCCCGGGCUCCCCUCCGAUCUCCAUCUAUGAUCUCAAGGAGCGCAUGUCUCUCCUCAGGCCGUAUGAGCACCUUGCAAGUGACUCGCCCCUCGGGGACAGAGACUCACCCUCUUAUAGAGGGAGCUACACCGGCCUCGACCUGCUCUCCAUGGAGAGGAGGCGCAAACAGACUCAGAGGAGCAAACCGGAGCCGAAGGUGUGCGUCUUCUGUCGGAAUAACGGCGCCCCAGAGGAGGUCUACGGCACCCACAUCCUGAAGACAGCGGACGGCAGAGUCCUGUGCCCCAUCCUGAGAGCCUACACCUGCCCCCUCUGCAGUGCCAACGGGGACAAUGCGCACACCAUCAAGUACUGCCCGCUCUCCAAAGACCAGCAGAGCCAGAGAGUGGCGAAGGGAGGCAGAGUGAUUGGGAAGAGGCUGAAAAUCUUCUGAAGGAGGAUGAGUUGGAGUUGCACUGUAAAUUAGGAGCGUGUGUGGCAGUUCAUCUGUCUCAGUUCGUGCACAAGACAAGUCCAGAGAGAGAGAGACUUAAAGCAGAUUUAAUGUGUGUCACUGCUUCGUUUGUUUUCGUCUUUCUUGUAACUCUGUGGGCACAUAGUUUACACUUGGACGCAUUGCGCGCAGUAUUUUCGCCCCCUCCCUCCCUCUCUUCCUCCCUCUCUCCCUCCUUCCAGCACUCCGUGGACUCGGUGAUCAAAAUGAACCAAAGUACUGUACAGAUCGACCUGUGAAUGAACACCUUCAUGCUGUAAUCAGAAGUUGCUGUGUUUCCAGGAGAGCACAGUGCCAGCGCAAAAACAGCUCUGGCUUCAUGCGCAGCACUCCUGAUAUGAGAUGAAUGUUUAGUCUCUUUGGCCCAGUGGAUGUAUGAGAAGUCUAAAGACAGGCCAUGCAAGAUGCAAGAUAUACUUCUUUAUAUCGAGCACACUUUUGUUCCUGAGAUAAAUGUUUUCUACCAAAGGAUUACACUUUUUGUAUGGAAAGGUAAUUUCUGUAUUGGUUUCUAUGUUGGGUGUCUUAUAUUCUUUAUGUGACUUUAUGUGCAUUGUGUUUUGCAGAUUUCAACUGAAUGUAAAACAAAAAGAAGGUAAAUCUGACAUGCAGUUCACCUACAUGCUCUUAAAGCAGCCUCGAGCUUCUUCUUCUACUUAAAACACAGGAGGAAAUGUUUCCUGCAAUUCUUGUAAAUGUUUUAAAGAGGUGAAAUGAUUUUAGCAAUGAAAGCCUGACAUUCCAAAGUCUUUAUGUGUUAAUAGAAAUGUUUUAUGUACUUAUUUUUACCUUAUGUAUCAUUGGGAAAUAUAUUCACUGUAAAUGAUCUCUGAAUAAACAUGUAAUUUGCAUUUUUCUUUGACUUUAUGAGACAGAAACUGAUUCUCUUGAACCGUAAAGCUCUUACUUCAUGA